AUGCUUCAAGUUACAUUAUUUCUUCUGUUAAUUGGGUACUCCUCUGCUAAUUUUUGCACGGAUGAUACCGGUGAAUGGAUCAGUUCUGUUGCUGAUGGAGUCACAGACUAUGCCCACGGAGGAACUAGACUCAAUACCAAAUACUACUGUUUCGAAGGAUGCUUGAAUACCGGAACAGUUCUUCAAAACUAUAAAGUUGAUCUCUCUGGAAACAACGGAACAACUGUAAAAAUUGAAAGAGUUCGUGCAGCGAAAGAUAUUGUUUCCCUGGUUGCAAAUGAUGACGAGGAUCCAAAUGCUCGUUCCUGCGUUGACCCAGUUUUGAGACAGGAUGUAAAGGCUGCGCUCCAGAAGGCAACACAGAAUACUUGCAAGAACAUUGUGAACACUUUGGUUCUCAACUUGAAUCGUCCUGGAUGGGCAAUAACUUGUAUUCGUUACAAUGAUCAGGCCAUCGAUGAUUAUAUUUCGGAUAUGAACUUCUGUAGCUACGAUGGUGGAGAAUACCACGAUGUAUUUACCGUCCGUCUUGCCAAACUUGAUAUGUCCUAA